AUGAACCCUGCCUUCCGGCUCGUCCCCGCCGCCUCGCCCUUUAGCAAAUCCGGAUCCCUCAGAGCCAGCUUCAGCAAGCCGAGCCGGUCCGACGACAUGCUGUCGCUGCGCCAGGUUGUCGGCUCGACCAUUAGCUCCGCCCUCGCCUUCGACAGCCUCCCCCACGAGCGCCGAGUCGCCUUUACCGCCGGUGCUGCCGCCGUGGUAGCCACCAUCGACGAGGAUCACCACGUCACCCAGCGAUUCUUCCGCGCCCACCCCACCACCCAGGCCGUCCACACGGCCUCCUCCGCCUACGGCACCCCAGCAUCUGAUGCUCGCAGUCGCGGGGCCGUCUCUUCGCGCGAUGCCGGUGUAGGCGCCUCUUUAUAUGGUUCACCGGCGGCAGAUUGGGCUGAUUCGCCAGGUGGAAAGUCAUCGUCGACGAAAGAGCGCAUAAAGGCCGCCACAUGUGUAGCUUUCAGUGCCGAUGGGAAGUACAUCGCCGUUGGAGAGACGGGAUACAAGCCUAGGAUCUUGAUCUUCUCCACCGCCCCAGAUGCCCCGCCCGAGACGCCCAUCGCCACCAUAUCCGAGCACAAGUUCGGCGUCCGCUCCGUCUCGUUCAGUCCUGACUCUAGGUAUUUGGCCAGUUUGGGCGCUGCAAAUGAUGGCUUCCUGUACAUCUGGAGCUUGAACCCCCGCACUGGUGCGGCAACUCUUCAUGCAAGCAACAGAUGCACAAACCACAUCAACAAGGUCGCAUGGCUUGGAAACAGCCUCGUCCUGGUGGGCACCCGACACGCCAAAGUCUGGCGCAUUGACGAGGCAGAGCAGCAUGUUCAAAGCAAGACGAAACAUCGCGAAGAGAACAUCACUCUUCCUGGAAGGAAUUGCAUCUUGGGCUCUCUAGUUGAACAGAAUUUCAGCUCCAUCGUGGCCGUCUCUGACACAAAGGCACUUGUGUCGACGGAGAAAGGGGAUAUCUGCCUCCUUGAUGACUCGGACCGCGCCCAACGGUUGUUCAAAGUAGCUUCCGCGGACUUUGGAAUCUCAGCGCUGGCAGCUGAUUCCAACGGCAUCCUGCACAUUGCCGGUAUCCAUGGCGACAUGGCGACCAUGGAGAUCAGCAAGUUGCUCGAUACCGCACCGCCCCCUUCGCCAACUUCGCGAGACGAGUCGCCUCCUGGAUCGCCCCCGCGAUCGCCAACGAGCCCUAAGUUCCAUAACGAGGCACCCUUCAUCAUCGCCAUGGCACCCAUCGGCGAUCUCCUGGUGACGGUGGACUCCAGGAAAGCUAUUCGUCUUCUGGAAGUUGGGACGGAUGGUGACACAUCCACCAACAAAGUUGUCCAACAGCUGCCCGCUCAGGGUGGUGCUGUGUUGGGCGUCCACUCCCUUCCCCUUUCUAAUUCUUUCGAUGCGUCUUUCGUCACCUGGUCCGCAGAUGGCCUCAUCAAAUUCUGGGCUUCGGAUGGGACUGAAAAAGGUGACAUCAAGGUGCACUUGGCUCAGCUUGAUAAUAGCGAUGAGGUCAAUGAGCUCAGAACCAUUGAACCUUCUCCUCAUGUCGGCUUCGUUGCCACCGGAGACAGAUACGGCGUGCUGAGUAUCAUCGACGCCAAGACCGGCAAGUGCACCUUCAGCUUGAAGGCUCACGGAAGCGAGAUCACAGAUAUUGAGAUCCACGAGGGUGACACCCCGUUGAUCGUCACCUCUGCACGGGAUCGGACGGUUCAAGUCUUCCAAAAGAGUGGCGAGGCUUGGGAUCUUCUGCAGACUCUGGAUGAGCAUGCGAGCGCCGUCACUGGCGUCCUUUUCUCCAAGGACGGAACACACCUUCUUUCUUGCUCUACGGAUCGUACGGUCGUCGUCCGAGACUUCAUGACUAGGGAGGAGGAUGGAGCUAUCUUGAAAGCCUUCAUUAUUGCUCGUACCAUUACUCUGAAGACCUCACCCGUCUCCAUGGCCUUUGAUGCGGACAAUGACAACGUCCUUGUUGUUUCAACCACAGACCGCCAAGUUCAGAAGUACGAUAUCACUUCUGGCCAGCUCGCUGGCACCUUCAAGUCGGCGGAUACAGACGGUGGUGAAGCCGUCGUUCUCUCUGAUCUGGUACACUUUACCAACUCGAGGGGACAGGGCGUUAUCGCCGGCGUUUCCAGCACCGACAAAUCUGUCCGAAUCUAUGAGGAGAACGGCAAUCUCCUUGGUCGUGACUGGGGCCAUACCGAAGGUGUCACGGACAUCGCAUUGAUCUCCCUCAACAGUGGGGAAGGUGAUGCCGACCAGAAGGGCUUGGUGACGGUUGCGGUCGAUGGCACCAUCUUCAUCUGGAACCUGGACUUCAAGCCUCCCCUUUCUCGUUCGUCAUCCUAUGACACUACGAAGAACAUGGACUUGGCGGGCGUUUCGACACCGAGCAAGGAUCUGCUCUCAAGCCGGCCACCUAUCAGGCGUGUGCUGUCUCAGUCCGAGCUCGCCAAGUAUCAGCGUUCUGGUGACGAUGAGGCAAGCACCCCCACGGGCAGCAGAUCUCCGACGGGCUCACUGCGCAAGAAGUCGUCCAAGCUGUCGCUUCACGGGGGCUCCACACCGAAGUUGGAUCCUUCCCCAGUGUCCAAGGAAAACCACGCACCGAACGGUUCAAGCAACCGGAGGCAUGCCCGCAACAACCGAUCGCCUUCGCCGCCAAGCCCGACUUUGAAGCACGCUCACGCUGCGACAGGCAGCCCCAAGACGGCGCACCACAGCCCGAAGGGCUCGCAUCAUACGCUGCGCAGACCCUCGUUCGGGUCCUCUCGCUCCAAAACUCGCAGCAAUCAGAACUUGCGCGAUUCGUCGAGUUUGGCCGCAGCUGCCAGCGACCUGAGCAAGAGUUUGAGGCUGUUCAGGAAGAAGCUUGGAACUAGUCAAGAUAAGUUGCCCGCGGAGGCACAGAAGGAGCUGGAGCGCGAACUGCGCAUCACGUCGACUUCUCUUGGGGACAAGGGGAAGGAUGUCAGGCACUCUUCGUCUGAAAGCAGGGCUGAAGCGAAGAGCGAGUCGAAGAGCGAAGCGAAGAGCGAUGCAAUUGACGAGGCGUCGGUGGCGAGGCUGCUGGAUCAGUACUCGGAGCGGCUGUUUCAGCUUCUGGAUCGCAGUAUCGAUAAGAGCGUGCAGAAGCACGUGAGGCAGCUGAGCCAGGGAUCCAUUCCCGGCAGAAGGGACAGCGAUGACGUCGAUGCGGCGGCGGCCGAAGAUACCGAAUGA